AUGAUUUUUGAAAAGAAUUCUGGUGAGCGUCCAGACAGCUGUGAUACCCCUGGGCCGGGAAACUCUGCUAAAGCAUCUCCUCCCCGGAUCGCGUUCACUUCCGACCAGGGUCGGAACACGAAGAUAAGGCAACGAAUGCCGCGGCUAACCCAUUUCAGCGCAAGCCAGGUUGCGGGUAGAGCCACCGAGCUUGAAAGGGUCCAAAGGAGGGCACAAAUGGUCGCUUUUUUGCGCUCCAACGGUUCUGCUAGUGCGAAGAGAUCGCUAAGAGAGGUAGGGGAAGAUGUAAACGCAAUUGCGCACGAGCUCAAAAUGAUGAAUAUGGUACCCACACAAAACCUUACUCCCACUAAAGGCGCGAGAUUGACCUUAACUCUAAUGGCAGGCAUGGAUAAUUCGUCCGAGGGAGCCAAUAAGAGUCCCAAUUGGAAACUGUUCGCAUUGAUAGUGCUUAUUAUACCCCUGGCAUUUCUUGCUUACGGCGCUUGGCGACUUUUCAAAUACAUUCGCUAUAAACGGAUGGCAAAGUCAGUGAACCUGAGCGGGGGGCAGAAAACUGGGGAGGUGAGUAACCAACGUAUGAGCUAUCUCCUGCUAGGUGAGGACUCGAGUACUGAAAGGGGCAGCAUCGCUGUUGGCCCGAGCUCUUCAGGUAUCUUCCAUCCCAACUCUGACAGCGCUCCAGUCGCGGUCGCCGUCAAAGAAGAUACCGAAUUCGAUCCACUAGCCACCUCAGCGGCGGCAUUAAGGGAACGGAAAACAUUCCGACGCCACUCUGAGUCUACGACGCCAACUUUUUCACCCCCAGAAGCUCAAGGCAACUCUAUUCUGAAUACCAGCAAUACUAAAACGUUUGAUGAGAAUGGGGAUAAUGUCGGGUCGUACGAUGACAGCUGGGAUGAUAAUCAUGGCGCCCAAAUUUAUACAACUGGCUUGGCUCAGCAUUUGCUUCCGCACCUGGAAGGAGGAAAGCCUACGACUGCGGCGCCUGGUGGCAGCAUAACCGAAACCGACGUGCCGCCUCCGCGUUCCCAGAUCGACCCUCAGGUGUACAACCUCACCACUAAGGUUCUCAUAGACAAAUACGCAAACCCCAUAAGUGACGAGGCCACGGAAGACAGUAGUGGAGGCGUCAGAGGGAAAGGUGAUGGUAGGAUUUCGCAGACCCGCCAGCAGGAAAGUGCCGCUUUUGAUAGCAUCAUCGCCGCCGCUGCUGAGCCUGCGCUAGGGAGCUCCGCGUUGGAUUCAAAAGUUGACAAGACGCGGCCCUUAGUCAUGAAUACGCUUAUGCUGCUCUCUACAUCUGGGAAGCCGCUCGCAUCUGGUUCAAAGAUGGAAAAGGAGAAAUGUGAGGAUACUGAAGCAUAG